AUAUCAUCUAUCUAAUAUUUUUUUACAGUUUUGAUGUGCCCUCUAUUUUGGUUUAUAACAGUAAAAUUUAAAUAGCAGAAUAAUUACCAUAUCGUAUAGGUAAGCAAAAAGCUUGACUGAAUCUAUUACAUAUCUUACAGUAAAAUAAUUCUUUUAUAUUUUUUUUGAAGUUUCUUGUCUGUUUUAUUUCAUGCAUAUUUGUUUAAUGUCUCAGGUCAUAAAUUAUGGAGAAUAUUAUGAGAAUUGUUUUUAUGGUGAUGUUACUGUCAACAGCAGUGAUUUCUCAGUCAUGUACAUCUCCAACAACUAGAUGUGACUGUUUCCAGUUAGAUGGGAAAACCAUAAUAAACUGUAGAUACAAAAACUUAACAGCUAUACCAACAUUUACCAACACAAAUCAGGUGUAUGAUGAAAUCAGAUUUACUUCAUUUGAAGAAACUGGAACUUGCCAGCCAUUUGCUGGUUGUAACAAUAUUCGACAGAUAGGUGCUAAGGCCUUUGCUAACUUGAAAGUAAAGAAAAUAGAUCUGUUAAACAAUCCAGUAACCUUGAUCGACAAUUAUGCAUUUGAAGGUUUAGCACCAGAAAUAGAAUCAAUAUCACUAGAAGGAGAUGGGUCAAAUGGAAUGCCUGACCAAGCCCUUGCUGCUCUUGAUGAACAACUUAAAACUCUACAUCUUGAAAAAUAUGGAGAUACAUCCAUUGAUGCACCAAUUGUUUUUCCAUUUCCAUAUCUAGAAUCACUAACAAUCAAAAAAUGGAAAAACCUUAAAUCUAUCAAUGCAGACAUCUUCGGUGUAAUGAAAGAUUUGAAGGAACUCAAGUUAAUAGCAUUAAGGAACAUAACUAUUCUUCCAGUCCCAGCUAUUCAAAAGUUUUUAAAAUUAACCUCAUUAGAUAUAAUGGAUAUUGGUAUAACAUCUAUAGAUGGAGAUUCUUUCACACCAAUGUCACUACUCAAGGACAUUAAAAUACGCAACAAUAUACAUCUGAACACAAUUGAUCAAAGAACCUUUAGUGGAGUAACGGACAGUGUGGAAUUCCUUGAAAUAGAUAAUAAUAAUUUGAAUAAUAAACUGAGCCUUGAAUUUCUUAGAAACGAAAACUGGCCUGCUUUAAGUCACUUAAAUAUUGGAUAUAACUUUAAUUUAAGAGAUCUUCCCAGUGAAAUAUUUAGCAAGACACCAGCUUUAGCAUAUUUACAGUGCCAAGACAUUGGACUGACAAGUAUCAACAAAGACAUGUUUUCUGGUCUUGUAAGUCUUCAUACACUUGAUCUGGCUUAUAAUAACAUAAGAACUGUUACAGCACAAACCUUCAAAAACUCUCCAUCUUUGGUUGAACUUCGACUUCAUGAUCAGCAGAGUAUUGAUUAUCUAGAUAUCCAGAAUAAUGCAUUUACUGGAAUAGAAACAUCUUUAGAGACGCUUAGUCUCCAAAACAACAAACUGAAUAUUUCUCAAUUCUGGAUGGAUUUAUCAACACUUACAAAUUUGUUAGUUCUUGAAGAAACCCAAAAACCCAGUUGCCCGUCAGGAAAAGCAAUUCUCUUUAAUCUUCUCCGCAGCAACAAACCCAAGAAAGAAAAACCUUUGACUGAACCUGUCAGAAUCUCUAUGAAAGCUGAUGUUCCUCAUGCCAGUGGUACAGCUGAACAUUUAUCUGAGAAAGUGGAGAAGGGUGCAUCUACUGCUGAUACAAGUGUAACUGUAAUCUCAAAUGGAAAUAUCAACAAUCAAAGCAGAAUAUCUGCCGGCAGUUACCAAACUUUAAAUGAAAAAGGAGUGGAUAGUAGACCUAUGCCAUCCUCAUACGGACAUUAUACAAAUGAUAUUGGAGAAAGACCACUACCAAAUGCUCCUAGAGGAGCCACUGGACAUGAAUAUGUGAAUUCUGGAUUUAUGAAUAGUGCAGAUCAUUUACCUGAAACAUCAAAAAAUGAUUAUAGUGAAGUUUGAUACUGACAAAGGUUAAAGUUAUCAUUGUUCUACAGGCACAGCUGAGAUUGUGAAAUCCUACAUGUGUCACAUUCAAUCAGUGCCAGC